CUGUGCAGGGACUGACUGGUGCAAUCUGCCAGAUCCCAGUAGCCUAAACGAAGCAGCGAACCUGGGUUAGCUAACUGGGAAGGGAAGCGCCGCGGCCGCGAAGGAAGGAGAAGUAGCAGAACUUACCGCACUCUUUGCUCCGUGUUCUUUUUUUCUUCCUCCGUUGCUCCUCUAAACCGCCCGCAUUGCGAAUGGAAGUUGCGGGGCGCUCUGUCCUCCCUCUCCGGGCUGAGAGGACUGAAUGAACCGCUGGUUGUUUUAGAUGCCUGAGAGCGGAGCCGUGAGUAUACCCGCUACUAUUAUUACCACUACUGCUGCUGCUAAUACUGACACAAACAAAUAAACACUGAAAAUACUCCUGGAACUGGAUUUUAGGCGAGGAGAGGACUGCGCGCGGGUACGGUGGGUCCCCGCCGCCACCUUGACCGAGUAACGCUGAGCGUAAAAUGAGUUGCGGGGAGUUGGGCGCAUUAUUAUUAUUUUGUUUCUAUUAUUUGGACGGACGGAGCGACCAACAGGGCAUCUACCGAGCUUCAAGCGCAGCAGCGAGGGCUGGGAAUCUGGAAAUCCCGUUUUUCUGAGGUGGAUUUGUCUCUGUUUUUGCCUUUCUGUCGUUGGACCUGCAGUACCUGUUCCCAAACUAGCCGCGGAAAUCUCGAAAUCUUGAAAAUUUCGCCACGGGGCGAAUUUAAGGACGUUUUUUGAAGUGGACGAAACUCAUUCACAUCUACAAAGAAAGAGAUAGAGAUAUACACAGAGCUACAGGUUUGCUGUUGACUGGAAUUAACCCAACAUAACAUAUAACUAUAACUAUAAAACAACCACCUGAGGACAGAAAAAAACAAAAAACACAGGCUCCUCACAUCUUCAUCUUCAUCAUCACCAUCACCAAAAAUCAUCAUCUUUAUCACCAUCACAAUAAUCAUAAUCAUCAUCAUCAUUAUCUUCUGUUUCUUCUUGAUCACCACCGACAGAAGCACCAGCACCAGCACCUUCAUUUUCGAGGUUCAUCCAAGGACACGUUCUUAAAAAAAAACACACACAACACAACAGCGUGUGAAAGAAAGUAGUACCAUCCACAUCACUGUAACUUACUACGUAUCUAUGUAACUUAACUGUUUAUUCAUCUAUCUAGAGGGCUAUGCAUCAUACACGGAGGUGCACGGGCUCCUCAUUGACCAGGCACGCGCUUCUAAACUGAGAUCACAGAAAAAUCACUAAAAAUCACUAAAAAUCACUGAAAUCACCCUUUGUCUGUCACAAAGCGUCCUCAAGUCCCUCAAAGCUCACAACGCCUCUCGUUAGCAAUGGCUACAGACAGCUGCUGGAGAUACUACAUCUGGAUUUGUGUGAUCUUAUGCAAGUUUACGCUGCCCUUAGCCAAGUCCCUGGACACAAUCAUCUGGAACUCCCAGAACCCAAAGUUCCAGAGUGGUAAAGGUCUUGUGAUCUAUCCUGAUAUUGGAGACAAGAUGGAUAUAAUCUGUCCCAAGGCCGAUGCCAGCCAGCUGUACGAGUACUACAAGCUGUACCUGGUGAAGAAGGAGCAGGCGGAGUCGUGCAGCACGGUCCUGGACCCGUACGUGCUGGUCACCUGCAAUAAGCCUGAGAAAGACAUCAAAUUCACCAUCAAGUUCCAGGAGUUCAGCCCCAACUACAUGGGCCUGGAGUUCAAAAAGAACAAAGACUACUACAUCACAUCUACGUCCAAUGGUUCACUGGAAGGCUUGGAGAAUCGGGAAGGAGGCGUCUGUAAGAGCCGCUCUAUGAAGGUCAUUAUGAAGGUCGGACAAGACCCCAACGCAGCGAUUCCCGACGCGGAGCAGACCGAAUCACCCAUGCCUGAACCUGACGCCAGCUCCAACCCCAUUGACCCAGGCCUGGACGGACCGGUGGAGCCCGGGAAGCCUGAUCCCAUCAACCAGAACCAGGACGGAGUUGAAGGCAUUCUUGGCUCCAAAAUCGCGGUGUUCUCUGCCAUUGGCGCAGGCUGCGUCAUCUUCCUCAUCCUCAUCAUCUUCUUGGUGAUCUUGCUGAUCAAGAUCCGCAAGCGUUCGCGGAAGCCCUCGCAGCCGCGGCCGGCGGCCCUGUCUCUCAGCACGCUGGCCAGCCCCAAACUGUCGGGCGGAGCCGGCUCUGAACCCAGCGACAUAAUCAUCCCCUUACGGACAGAGAACAACUACUGCCCGCAUUACGAGAAGGUCAGCGGGGACUACGGCCACCCCGUCUACAUCGUACAGGAGAUGCCCCCGCAGAGCCCAGCCAACAUCUACUACAAGGUGUGAUGCAGGGGGAGAAAAACUGCGUAAUAAAAAAAAAGAACUGAGGCAUUUUUGUGUCACACUUCCAUUACAGGACCUCUUUGUGAGCUGCCGUUUUUCCUACCUUGACCUCUGACAUUGAGAGGCUUCGUAAAACGGAGACCAGACCAGGACAGAACAGAACAGUCAGCGAAGAAGCGCAGAUACAGCCUGUGUGAACCGAAACCGAAAAUUCUUUUGGUCAGUUCGCAGGCUGAAGGCUUGCCGCGGGGAUCUUUUCACUGUUUCGUUUUUUUUUUUUUUUUUUUUUUUUCUUCCUUUCUCACGUUCGUACAAGUUCCAGUUCAGCACGCCGUUCGGAGCAGCUGGAACAGAAGUGAGCAGGAUUGCUGCGCAGUGCUUUCGAAUACAAAAAAAAAAACAAAGCAGCCAGAAACCUGAAAAAACACACUGAAAAAAAAAUAAUAAAGAACAAACAAUCUUUUUUAACUUAAAUCUAAAGCCGAUCCUGCUUUUUUCGGGCUGGCCGGCCAGUUGAAAAUGGAGCCUUUUUAAUGCUCAGGUAACAAGGGCACAAGGAGGUGACGAAUAAUGGAAAUCAUAUGAUGUUUGCCUUACUAUUUUUGAUGAAAAAAUGAAAAACUUUUUUGCUCCUUCCACACAAAAGUAUUGUUUUGCAGUUCUGUUCUUAGGCUUUUUUUUUGUUGUUGUUGUUUUCAAUGUAUUCUCUUAUUAUAAGUGAAUAUUUCACUUCUCUAUCCUUCUCUAUCUCUGCCACAUUUGUGUGUUUAACAUGUGUAGUAAGUAAAUGAUCAUUUGGUCCCAGUCGUCCUUUUACACUAUUGCAUAGUCUGUAAUAAUAUGCUGUGUCAUGUAUUUAUGUACACAUGGCAUUUGGAAUCGGGCUCUUGUGUUCACAAGCAGAGGCAACCCCUGGCCCGGGUAUUUAUGACUAAGCCGCUUGCAUUUCAGAAGCCGUUCUUGCACGCAUGUCGAGGCAGGCCAUGGAAAACCGUGGCUGCUGCUGCUGCUGGUGAUGAUGAUGAUGCAUCCGCAGAUUCCAGCUUCAGCUCGCUGAUCGCUGCUUGGCGGAACAGCAGUGAACCCCCGGCUUAUACGGAAGUGUUAAUGGGUGCUAUUAAUUAGAUUUUCAACAACAGACCAGCAUGAUGGAUGACAGAAUCAACAACAUUCAUGGAAAAGAAAGAAACUGAGUUGUCAUGCAUGUUGCUAGAGAGCAAUCUGAAUGCUAAUUAGCUCGGAGGAAGCCAGGCCUCAGCCCUCGUGUCAAAGUGUGAAGCUGGAAGUGUUUAAGUAGAAAAAUAAGGCUGUUAGGUCAGUGCAGUAGAAAAAAAAAGGCUUUAGUGUGUUUUUAAUCUGAGUAAAAAAAAAAAACUAAUCUAUCGCAAAAGUGUGGGGCACAGUUUAAUUAGCAGGAAGCACAGACAAAAUUUACAUAGCACAGCCUCCAGAAAUACGUAAAAAAAGAUUGCGAGAAGAUUUAUUAGAAGAAGAAAUAUGGAAAAACUCAACUCAAAGCUUUAAAGCUCAAACAGCGAGGCUGUGCUCUAUCUGCUACAUCCUUCUUUCAACCGAUCCUCUUUCUGCGUUUCAGAGCAAAGUACUCAUGACAUAAACUAUUUGGUGUAAUUGUUUUAAUUUCAUCCACUCCUGACAGCUGCCGUGAUAAAGAUCACAUUAUAUUGUUGAUACUUUUCUUGGCCAACAUUUUUUUCCUCCCCUCCCUUCAUUUGACCGUCUCGUUUCUAGGCGACUAAACUAACGUUUUCCCUCCCUUUUGAUAGCUUCAAACAUAUCGCCACUUUUCAAGCGCCCGGCUCGUGUUUUCUUCGUCUUACUUUCAGGUAAAUCAUGAUAAUCUCUGGGUGUCGAAGGUUACUCUGUGUUUGAAACCGGGAAUAAAUUUAAAUUAGUCUAGCCCACUAUCUGGAAGGGAACGUUCUGGCUGAUCUAACAGAGCGGCUCGUGCUUCGGUCGGGGAGGAGGAAAAAAAAAACAAUCGGGUCAGCUGAGGACAGGCGUUCGCUUGUAAAGAGGAAAACUGAGGCAGGCUGAAGUUUAUCAUGCAGUAAAACUGAUGACUGCCUGUCCGUCGCCAAGUGUUUGUUCCCAGAAACAACGACGGACAGCACAGAUAGAUAAAUAGAUAAAUAGAUGGAUAGAUCCUGUUCCAGACCUGUGACAGAAUUUACAGCAGCAUUUAUGAGAGAUUUGUGGAGAAUGGAGGUCAACUUUUUUUUGUUUUUUUUUUUAAGAGUAUUUCAUAUAUUUUUUGUGUAUUUUUUUUUGUUUUUGUUUUGUUUUUGUAUGUUUUAUUCUUAGUUGAUGUAGUGACACGUCAAUGUUAGUCAAUGUUAUUCGCAAUCUGGCAAAAAUUGAUUAAUAAUUAAAACUAAGACCAUGUAAAUAUGUGGAUAAUGUUUAAAAAAAUAACCUAAUUUCAUCUGAGCCCUGUUUAAGAAACAAAAUACGAAAAUGACAUUUUUGUAAUGAUUUUGUAAAUAGAUGUCUUUUUAAAUUGCAUUUUGUAUAAAUUCUUGCAUUUUUUUUUUUGUUUGUUUUUGCUUUUCGUAGUUGAACAAAAGCUAAAACUACAGUACUCUCUGAGAGGUUGAUGCACAAUAGCCGAGCAUGCCCAAAGUGCCAGACGUUUUUCAGCGUAUCACACCGUACACACCACGUAUCAUUUUCCCUUGUUCUUGAGCAACAUUGUAUUUUAUAUACAUGUAUAUUUUUACCGUAUAUUUUCAGAUCCCGAACACGAUAAUAUGUAAUACAUGAAUCUGAAUCACAAUGUGAUGUAUGAGUUGAAUUGAAGCCAUUCUCUUGGAAUUCUCUCGUCAUGGAAGUGGAAAAUAUCUCAAGGCCGCGAGCGGCGACCACAGCAGCCAUCCGUUUGUAACCAGCACUUAGAUUUUUACUCUUAUUAAAAUGAUAGCGUGUCAUUACGUUUAGGGGUAACCUUAAAUCAACUUGUGCAUCCAUUCACUGUAUGUCACAGGGCUGUGCCUUUAACUGUGCGCGGGUCAAGUUAAUCUGGAUUUGGGUUGAGUAAUUAGAUCAUACCGAGGUUUGGCACACCACAUGAUAUCUGAUAAAUCAGGAGGUGUGUGUGUGAUCUUCAUUAUCUCAUUACCCAGCUCUCUCGGCGGGACAGCUUUGAGGAGGAAAGAGGAAUUGCACGGUAAUCACACCUCGGCCGCAUCGCCGAGCCAACCUUGACUUCACUUUGUGGGCACUAACUACUUUAUUGUUGAUAGGUGUGCACUCUCCAAGAGGUCGCACUCUAAUUGUAUGAUGUAGAUCAGGCCAAACGCUAAGACCCAGUAAUCACUCACUCAGUCACUCACUCACUUUCUGUGCGUCUGCCAACACCAUCCAAAAGAGCUUAGCGGAGAGAGAGAGAACGAGGGAGAGAGAGCGAGAGCGAGAACGAAGGAAAUGAAAAAGAGAGAGAGUUGGGAAAAGCAGACUCCCUGGUGUUUUACAUAUUUCACGUAAAUCCGCACAGAAAUUGCACAAAAUCCACUCGCUCAUUCUUGUGUUGUGGUUUGCCAUACAAAAAAAACACAACCAGUAAACCAGAGCCUGAAACACAUAGACCUUCUGUUUCCUACUCGCGAGAGCGCUUUCCAGUUACUUGAAGUACCGAGUUCCUCAGGCUUUGCCUGUCUUUGUCUGUUUAUUUCCUGUCUGUUCUCUUCAGCAUUUCUAUUAGCAGUUAUUAGCAUUUCACGGCCAGUGUUUCCAUUCUUGAAGCUUGUAUUUCUAAACUAAAAUACUAAAAUAAGUAUGUUGCAGUGAUGACACCCAGACACCAAGCCCGGUCGGUUUUUAGAGCUGUGGUCAUGUCAUGGACAUUGUGGCAUGUGUUCAUUUCUCAUUUCUUUCCAUUGCUAAAAUAUAAUUGACGCUAUUUUAUUUUUUUUUUUUUUGUCACUUCACCGUGUUGAUGACCCCCGCUGCUGGGGAAGAAUCCCAUCCCAGCGGUCUUAUGACUGAUGUAUAUGAUGCUUUGGAUGAACAUUAAAAAAAUAAUUGCCUUUACUUGGAUUUAUGUUGUUUUAUGUUCAGGAUUCAGCAGUUAUGAUAUCUGCUUUUCUUUUCUUUACAUUUUUUUUGUUGUUAUUGUUAUUAUUGUUGUUCAAUAGAUACACAGUAUUAUGUUACAGUGUACACGCUCACGAAGCCUCUGUCUGAUUCUGUGUUUUUAUAAUAUGAUAACAGGUCAAUGCCGAUUUUUACAUGUUUGCCAUGACAUGCACAUCUCGCAGCUUUUUUUUUUUUUUUUGAUGUUCGCUUUGAUGUUUUUUUUUGGCAAAGCUCAUCACAAUCACAUCUGAAAUGAUUCAGUGAUUCAAACGAUGACACAAUGUUCCGCAAAAAAAAAAAAAUACAACAAAAAACUAAAAAAAAAAACAACUGAAACCUGAUAUUGCUUAUUUGACAGAAUAAAUUUCUUUUCCCAUGGAA